GGAAGGGAAGAAGAUGGCGGCCUCCUCUGUCUGCCGGGUCGGCGGUGCCGCAUCUCGAGCCCUGCUCCGCGCCCGUGGCUCGCCUUCCCUGUUAAAGCUGCCCACUUCUCGUAGUGCAACUGCCUUUGUUCAGACUCUCCAGAACAUUCCAACAACUCAGGUCACUACAUUGGACAGUGGACUCCGGGUGGCUUCUGAGGACUACUCCAGACAUCCCACCUGUACAGUGGGAGUGUGGAUAGAUGUUGGCAGUCGUUAUGAACAUGAAGCCAACAAUGGAGCUGCCUACUUUGUGGAGCACUUGGCAUUCAAGGGUACAAAGAAUCGUCCUGGGAGAGCAUUGGAAGAAGAAAUAGAGAAGAUGGGUGCCCAUCUAAAUGCUUACACCACUCGGGAACAUACUGCAUAUUAUAUCAAAGCACUGUCUAAGGACCUUCCUAAAGCUGUUGAAAUCUUGGGUGACAUUGUGCAGAACUGCAGUUUGGAGGACUCUCAGAUUGAGAAGGAGAGAAAUGUGAUUCUUCAGGAGAUGCAGGAGAGUGACAACUCCUUGCGGGAUGUGGUAUUUGACUAUCUCCAUGCCACUGCUUACCAAGGCACUCCUCUUGCCCAAGCUGUUGAAGGGCCCAGUGAGAAUGCCAGGAAAUUGUCCAGGCAAGACUUGACUGAAUUUAUUGAGACUUACUACAAGGCCCCUCGAAUGGUGCUGGCUGCUGCAGGAGAUGUGAAGCACAAGCAGCUAGUGGACCUUGCUGCGAAGCAUUUCAGCAAUGUUCCCACAUCAUAUGCUGAGGAUGCUGUGCCUCUCCCUUCAUCUUGCCGCUUCACCGGCAGUGAGAUCCGUCACCGUGAUGAUGCUUUGCCUCUAGCUCAUGUGGCCAUUGCAGUUGAGGGUCCAGGCUGGGCCAACCCUGAUAAUGUUGCUCUCUUGGUAGCCAACUCGAUUAUUGGUCACUAUGACUGUACUUAUGGAGGAGGUGUGCACCAGUCGAGUCCAUUGGCAUCUGUUUCUGCGGCGAACAAGGUCUGCCAGAGUUUCCAGACCUUCAACAUCUGCUACUCAGAAACAGGUCUGUUUGGCAUCCACUUUGUCACUGAUCGAAUGAACAUCGAUGACAUGGUCUUCUUCCUUCAGGGCCAGUGGAUGCGUUUGUGUACCAGUGCCACUGAAAGCGACGUGAUAAGGGGCAAAAACAUCCUGAGAAAUGCUUUGGUGUCUCAUCUGGAUGGUACCACCCCUGUGUGUGAAGACAUUGGACGUAGCCUUCUGACUUAUGGCCGCCGCAUCUCUUUGUCUGAGUGGGAGAACCGGAUUUCGGACAUUGAUGCUAGUGUUAUUCGAGAAGUCUGCUCCAAAUACCUAUAUGACCAGUGCCCUGCAGUGGCUGCAGUGGGUCCCAUCGAACAACUCCCUGACUACAACCGUAUCCGCAGUGGCAUGUUCUGGCUGAGAUUUUAGGGGCCACACCCAGUCAAGGGUGGGAGCUGUGGGAUCCAGGUCUCUGGAGGGUGCUCCCUCUACUCAGGAAGACUCCCUCCAAACACGUCUGUGUGGUAACAGCCACCCGGCUUCCUGGGUGAGCAGUACUGUUUUGGAUCAUGUCUAAAUAAAAGUAAUUUAAUUGAA